AAUGUCAUUGUCUUUCUAUAGUACAUUUUUGUAUCCGAUAAUUAAAUUUGAAAAAAAAAAAAAAAAACCUUUUUCAUAAUAUUUUAGUCAGAGGAAGAGGAAAAUUACCGAACUGAAUCGACACCGAUCUGAUUGAUGCAUUCAAUUCCUUGUUGACUAUAAAAGCGGUCUGUCCCCCUUCACUUCACAUUCGCCACCAACGUUAGAAAGAGAGAGAACAAGAGCAACAAGUCUCAUUCAACUUCACAAAAUCAAUACUACCUAAAGAUUCCCAAAAACCAAAGCAAGCCUUUGAUUACUUUUGUUAAUCACUUGCUCUGUUUUCUCUUAAUCCACAUCCAAUAACUCAUGGGACAUUCCGACAAAUCUUACAACCAACUCGAAGGAGAGAUACGUGAAGCCACCGACGCUAAAAAAUGGGUUUUCGCUGGUAUUCCUCCACGUUCGCCGCUCAAGCCAAUUAACUCCUCUUCCGACGUCACAGUCAGCGAAACAGAGGAUCAAGAUCAGUGUCCGACGACACCCACAGCGGUUUCCGUCAGAAUUCCAAGAGUCCCGCCGUGCCCAGCCGCACCAAAGAAGCGGAAGCCGUCGUCCAAGUGCAGCUACAUUGCCACCGGUAGAGAGUUCUUCUGUCCACCAGACCUCGAAACCGUUUUCAUUCAGAGAGCUGCUAGUUAACUCUGUUUUCACAACUCUCUACUUCUCAUUCUAACCUUUUUUAGGGUUGUAAUAUUCUUCUCGAUUCUGGUUAAGUUUUAGAUUCUGAACCUACUCUUAUGCUCUUUAUGUGUUUUUUCAGUUCUAGGCUUCUAGUAAUGUUAGGACACUAAUUAAGGUUGCUGAAUAGAAAGUCUUUCGUGUUUAUGUACAAUUAUCCCCCUUUUCUAGUAGAAUCAAUAAAUAUAUGACAUGUCGUUUGUAGCUUGGUU